UCGCCUUUGCUACCACGUGCUAGAGCGGCUCGAGUUGCCAACCAGCGCGCCGGAGCUCCCCUUCCCGUCGCUUCGCUCGUGGCGUCUCCCGCCGGCGGCUGGCGCUUUGCCAAGCAACGGGACUCUCCGCGCGACUCGUGCAAUUGCAAGCUAACGCAGGCUGGACUGACGAGCAGCGCCGGAGAGCAAGCGCGCCCGCCUGUCUGCAGCUCCCAGUGCCUGCAGAGGGUUGGCGGGCGAGAGCCUGGCCAAUCCCGUGCCUUGCCAUUCCAAGCCCUGACAUUUCUCCGCGCAUAUUUAACUUUUAAAGAAGGCGAUUUGGCUUCUGGUUUAUGUCGAGGCCACGGUAGCGGUUUCCCCGCGGAAAAAGUUUUUGCGAUCUUCUGCGGGAGAGCGCAUUCCUAGCGGGGAAGCGGCAAAUGGGCAUUUAAAGGGGCAGUUGGAUUAAGCGGCGGGACGGGAAAGAAGUGCCGCGGCUGAAGAGGAAAAGCUGGGCGCGGCAUCUGCGGUGCCGCUGAAGCGUUCGGGAGCUGGACUCGGAUGGGAGGAUGGAAAAGAAAAACAUGGAUCAUUAUCUGCGCCGUCUGAAGCAAGAGUUGGUUUCUGUAGUGUCAUUUUUAUGCAAAGGAGCUGCCCAAGUCCGCUUAAGUACCCAUUCUGGAAGAAACAAAAUACCACUUGAUUGGUAUCCUGCAACAUAUUUAGAAAGUGCCUCUACACAGUUGCACUUUUGAAAAAGUUAUCCAUGAAGGAGGUUGGGGAUGGGCUGCAUGAACAGAUGAACUGCAUGAUGGGUGCUCUGCAAGAACUGAAACUGCUCCAGGUCCAGACAGCUUUGGAACAGCUAGAGAUUUCAAGUAACCCAAACCAAGUUUCAGAAAUUGGCCAGCAUCAGUAUUGUCAAACCAGUAAGGAGAUGCCAAGGGCAAAGCAUGAUACCAGCAAAGAGAGUGAGACCUUGCUGGGAAAACGUUAUUUGGAAAAUUGCAGAUCUUCAGCCUUUUUAUGCUCAUCUCCUGUGUCACACUCUACCAGCCCACGUUGUCAUAUUUCUUUGCCGGAUAGUAGCCAAGGGCACAUAGCUUCAUCCCUUAGCAGCAUAGGUAGUGAGGAUGACAGUGAACCUUCUUCAACUGUGAGCACAACAGAGCAUCAUUCACCAAGAAUGUUGGAGUCAUCUAGUGACAACACAACUAGCAGUUGGCUUUCUCAGGAUACCAGCAGCUUGUCUGAGAAUAAGUCCAUUUGUAAGGACUGUUGGUUUUCUGAUGAGAACAAAGACUGGACUUCCUCAUUAAUGUCUCAAAGUAGGAACAGACAGCCUUUGGUUCUGGGUGAUAACAUCUUUGCUGAUCUAGUUGGGAACUGGCUGGAUUUGCCAGAGAUAGACAGAAAGGGAGAAAAGAAUGAGGCAUCGCUACCAAGCAGCAAGUCCCAAGAAUUCUAUAGGAAAUUUUCCCUCACAGCUAAUCUGUUCAAGAAAUUUUUAAGGAGUGUCCGGCCAGAUCGAGACAGAUUGCUAAAGGAGAAGCCCUGCUGGCUGCCAACAAAAGACAAAGAGACUGAGAUCUUAAAGAAGCCCAAAACAGUUAACAAACAGAAGGGGCUGUUUUACUUCCCAGUUCAUGGGAGCACACCAGACUCUCAAGACAAAGCCAACAGGUGCCAGAAGAAGGAAGGAAGGAAAGCCAAGCCCAAACUCUGUGCCAAGAAGAUCCAUACCACAGUAGAACAGACUCAGUCAGGGUUUGAUUUUAACACAGCAGUCUGGGUGUGAACUCCAAGACUCAUCAUCUCAGUUGCCAAAACUAGAGAGAAAGAAGUAAGAAUGGUGAAAGAAAUACCGUUCAGACCCAGACCAGGAUGAGGAAACAGUGAAGAAGAUGACUUCUAUAGAACAAGUUGACACAUAAGUAGAUAAAUAUUACCACCACAAGCACAAUUUUUAUGACAAAAUGUAUUUGAUAAAUAGAACUAGAAGUCUCCUAAGGUAGUGGUUGCUACCUUGGAUCAUUUUGAUAAGCUUCAAGUUUGCCAAAUGUAUUCACUUUAUCUCCAGGUCAGGUAGCAACAGAACAUUAGAUCACAAGUAUGAGCGUGUGUUACAUGCACUUACAUGUCUGUCUGUCUGUCUGAUUGUUUUUUUUAAAAAAUCUUUGUUUUUUUGUGUGCACUAAUUUCUGGAUUAUGUACCAGGCAAAUGAAUAAGCACUUGACAAUGAAGUUAAAAAUGAUGCAUGAGUUUGUGAGAAAAGACAGACUGUGGGUCUUGAAUGUAGAUGAAUGGAGUUACUACAGCCAGUUAUCCCUUUGGUUUUAACUAUUCUUUUUAAAAAUAAUUACUUCUGGCACACCCACCAUUAUCUGUCCUGUACUAGAACGUGUCUAAGGAGUGCUGUGUACUAGUAGUCUUACCAUCACUCCAACCUCCUGAUGAGCAAGAAUUAUUCAUCUUUCAUUUUGCCCUCAAAGCCUUAAACUCUAGAUGUCACACUGAAGUUCCAAGUUCUAAUAGACCUUUCCCUGAUUCUGUAGUUUCAUUUUGCAUUUCUUACUGUGUUUGAACAUAGUUUUGUAAGAAUGUAGUUUUCUCUAGGGAUCAUCUCCCCAAGGGUUUAUUAAUAAAAGUGACAUUCCUCUCUCCAAA